AUGAUGAACAUACUCGAUGACCCCGAUCAACCCGACAAGGAUAAGUGCCCUGCGGACCAAUGGGUUGGACCCGGGGAAAAAGACACCUGGGUCCAGCUCGUCAUCUCUCUGGCCCUGGGCUUGUCCGCUUUUCUAGCCUUCUGUAUGCUGCGGCCUCGAUGGAAAUCGUUGUAUGCAGCGCGAAAGCGACAAUCCGAUCCCCGCAUCGGCUUGCCUACCCUGCCCGACAGCUUCUUCGGAUGGGUCCCUGCCUUGUACAGGAUUACCGACCAGCAGCUGCUAGCCUCAGCUGGGCUUGACGCAUAUGUUUUCCUUGCCUUCUUCAAGAUGGCUAUGCGUUUAUUUGCGGUCAUGUUUUUCUUCGCCGCUGUUGUUCUCGAACCCAUCAAUCGCCGCUUCGUCGAACACCCAACUACCGACUCAGCCCCUUUGUUCUUGUUCCCCCAGCACCAGAGUUAUGGCUUGUCCGCCUUGGACGACCCAACUCCUCCAGAUGAGGACCCUGAUAUCAGCUUCGACCCUAAGUUGGGGUACUUGUGGUCAUAUCUCGUGUUUACCUACCUUUUUACGGGUCUCACUCUGUACUUCACGGAUAAGGAGACCCUGAAGGUGAUCAGGGUACGCCAAAAUUACCUGGGCACUCAGUCCACCAUCACAGACCGUACCUUUCGACUCUCCGGCAUUCCGCAUAAUUUGAGGUCCGAGGAGGCCAUCAAGGAGCUGAUUGAAAAGCUCGAAAUCGGGAAAGUCGAAAGUGUCACUCUUUGUCGCGAUUGGAGAGUUCUUGAUAAGCUGGUAGAGGAAAGGCGAUUGGUACUCGCAAAACUUGAGCAGGCAUGGAGCAUGUAUCUGAACCGACAGCCAUCAAACACUGCCCAACGUCACCACUACGAGAGAAGACCCCAGCACUACCUCGAUGAGGAGGCUGGAGAAGGUGAUCGCCUGCUUGAACAUCGAAGUCCGGAAUUAAAUCGUACCGGAGAAACACGUCCCAAAGCUCGCUUCUGGUAUGGCUUCUUGGGGCUUCAGUUUCGCACAAUUGAUGCCAUCGACUACUACAGCGAGAAGCUACGCCAGUUGGAUGACAAGAUCCUGGCUGCACGCAAGAAAACAUAUAAGCCAGCUGAUCUGGCUUUUGUGACUAUGGACUCUGUCGCUGCAUGCCAGAUGGCUAUCCAGGCUCUCAUUGACCCCCAUCCAGACCGUUUGCUGACUAAGCCAGCUCCAGCGCCAUCGGAUGUCGUUUGGAGAAACACAUACUCGUCCCGUUUGAGUCGCAUAACUCGAUCUUGGGCGGUCACUAUUUUUGUUGCUGUGCUCUCUGUGGUUUGGUUGGUUCCUGUGGCCUUCCUCGCCUCGGCGCUAAGCAUCUGCACCAUUAACACUGUUUUCCCAUCAUUUGCUCAAUGGCUUAAAGAUCAUGAGCUUGCUCGAACACUCGUCCAAACAGGCCUGCCAACAGCAGUCGUGUCUUUACUCAACGUUGCUGUCCCAUAUUUUUACGAGUUCCUCUCCUACAAACAAGGAAUGCUCUCACAAGGCGAUAUCGCGCUCUCGGUCAUCAGCAAGAACUUCUUCUUUACCUUCUUCAAUAUCUUCUUGAUCUUCACUGUUUUUGGCGCUGUCACUUCUAUCUUCGACGUUCUCCGCAACUCUCUCAAAGAUACAACUUACAUUGCUUAUACUCUGGCCCGUAAGAUUGAAAAGCUCUCGGUAUUUUAUACAAACUUUAUCAUGCUCCAGGGCCUCGGUCUUUUCCCUUUCCGUCUGCUGCAGUUCGGCUCUCUUGCCCUUUAUCCCUACAACCGCUUCAUGGCAAAAACUCCGCGAGACUUUGCUGCCCUUGGCAAGCCCUCGCUGUUUUACUACGGCUUGGCCCUGCCCACCGCUCUUCUCGUCUUUAUCCUUUGUCUCGUCUACAGCGCUCUACCCGGUGGCUACCUCAUUCUCGCAUUAGGCCUCGCUUAUUUCUCCCUUGGCCAUUUCACAUAUAAAUACCAGCUCCUCUACGCGAUGGACCAGCCGCAACAUGCCACGGGCGGGGCUUGGCCCAUGAUCUGCUACCGCGUAAUGCUGGGCUUGGUUGUCACCCAACUUACCAUGUCAGGUUAUUUGGCCUUGCGCAAGGCGUUCACAGUUGCGCUGCUGGUUUUGCCGCUCUUCGUUGCGACGUUAUGGUACGGCUGGUGUUUUAGGAGGCGGGUGGAGCCGCUGACGAAAUUCAUCUCACUCCGGAGCAUCAAGAAGAGAGAGAAUGAGGGCGAGGAAGGUGUAACUAUUGUGACGGACGACUCUUCCAGCGGUGGUAGCAGUGAAGGCAUGCCCAUUUUGGAGCGGAGUGGGCAGUUGGUCAGGAGGGGCAGCACCGUUGAUGAGGACCGAGAGAGGGGCUCGAAAUUUGUAAAUCCUAGCUUGGUUAGUCCACUGGAGCAGCCAUGGAUAUAUGCCGAGCCCCCACCGGCUCUACUUCCUGAAGGUGAUGACAAUAACAAUGUCGACGAGCAGGACGCCCCCCCUCCCGCAUUGGGCUUGCGGGGUUAUGAUCUUGACAAUGCAGUCCAGUUUGGACUAGGUUCUCCCUCUUCACUCUCUGUUGCAGCAGGCCCCCAUAGAACAAGUUUCAGGCGUGGUAUCAUGAGCAGCAAUUCUUCUAGUUCGGUGAGCUUGGGUGAUACCCAUGUUUGGAGAGAGUAA